AUGCAUCUCCGCACCAAUCCAACACUUCGAACACAGUGCGACAAACAGAUUUCAUAUCAAACAGGCUUAAGGUCUGAGCGUCGAAAUAAUUUAUUAAGUCUUCAACGGAAGAUAGUUGACGAUGACAUAGAAACACCAAUUACCUUUCCGACAGACUUGUAUUCCUUCUUCCGCGAUAAGCGCGACCGUUUUCUCGACGGUCAAGCACAAGACGUAGAGUUAAUAGGAAUAGCGGAAACGCUGCGGAAAAGCAUUUUUCAGCCGACAAACGAGCCGAUUGAAGUAGUCACUGCGAUGUCGGAGACGAACACGUUCAGUGCGCUUCUUGCGCGAUUUACGCUUGAAAGCCCGACGUCAUUGUUAUAUCAAAUAGCGGUCUUGUUCACCAAUUUGACGACAAUUAGUGCACAAGACUCUGCGCCGAAUGCGUGUGCCAAAGAGGUCAUAUCCAUUGAGAGAAACUUGUUAGUAUCGAAGCGCUUAAUAACAGUUGGUAUGGCGACAGAGGAUUUAAAAGUGAUGCGGCAGUGUUUGUGGGGGGUGACAAAUAUUAUAAUAGCGGACGACAAAGAGUCUCGACUCAUCGCAUUCAACGAAGGAUAUUUAGACCUCUUACGAAGAGGAUUUUCACUCUGCAAAGACAAAAGCAAGCCAUAUUGGUGUUUGAUUAACACUAUAAGAACAGACAGAUUUUUAACACCACAAGUGAUCACUUCGUUCUUCCCUAAUAUCAUUUAUGGCUUAUAUUCUACUAAUAAAAAAAUCGUGACGUGUGCCAUUUCGUGUCUAACUAAAGUGUUUACUCUGAAUGAACAAUACAUGGAAAGUGUCGGCGAACAACCACUGCUCAAAUGUCUCAGUUUGAUUAAAGACACGGACAUUAAGGUGAAGAGAGAAGUACUCUAUUUCUUAAGAAGAUUCUCACAAACAGUAGACCCAUCAAAAAUCAUUUGGGUCGUAAACUGUGGCAUCGUACCUCUUUUAUUCGACUUGUUUUUGUCCACUGAAGACAGUCAAAUCAUGUCCUGUGUGACUAUGACUUUGGCAAAUCUUUCAGUUGGUUAUAAAGAAUUUGUUCGCAUGUGCAUUGAAAACGACAUCUUUACACAGAUAUUUAAUUCUCUUAAAAAACUUGAUAGGAACCAAUUCCCAAUUUUGGUGUUUGAACUUUUGACAUUUCUGUUCAAUUGCGUUGAAACGGACCCAGACAAAGUCUUGGAAGUCUUGAUACAACAUUCUAUGUAUGUGGAUUGUUUCAAACUUGUGAAUUGGGCGAAUGUGGAUAUGAGAUGUAUGGCAAUAAGAUGCGCUAUACUUACAAUGGAAUAUGCAGAGAAUGUGGAUGAGUCUGACUCGCAGUUUGGCGUUCUACAACAAUUUGAAGAGACUCUUUUUGCCGAUAAAAUGCAUGAAAUUAUUGAUACGCCAAUGAUGGACGAAACCACUGAAAAGCUCGCAAAGGAGGCACUCUACCACAUCGAUCAAAAUGAAGAUAGUGAUGAUUUGUGA